AUGCUCGGCGUGUACUACCCUCCCACUCCGCGUCCCGACACCCCAAUCCUCGUCUUCUCAUAUGGCGGCGGGUUCUACAUAGGUGCACGCAUGCUCCCCGCUCCCGCCUCCAUAAUCUACCACAACCUCGGCUCCUUUUUCGCCACCCGCGGGUUCAUCACCGUCAUCCCCGACUACCGCCUCUGGGUCGUGGAUAACCUCCCCUUCCCCGAUUCUGAUAUCUACGUCCUCGGCCAUUCGGCGGGGGCAAUGAACAUGUUCACCAUCCUCGCUCUCCCGGAACUGUACUCCCCCACCUUGCAGCCUCGUAUCAAAGGCGCUGUCCUACUCUCUGGACUGUACACGUUUGAGGACAUGCCAGCGGAUAUGAAGGAUUCCGUCAGGCUUUACUAUGGCGAAGAUGAUGAGGCGAAACAGAGAGUGCCGUUGGCCUUGGAUAUACCUUGCCUGUAUCCCACUAUGGAGAAAUUAUGCGCAGCUUUGAAGGCAGGGAACGUGUCGUACGACGAGUUUGUUGCGCGGGGGCAUAAUCACGUCAGCUUGGUGUUCGCGCUUGGGACUGGGCAGGGCGAGGAAUGGGCGGAGGAUGUGGUUAAGUGGGUUCACGCAUGCAGCGACUCGGAGCCGUAA